AUGAUUCUUUCCCAGAUCUGCACGAUUUUGCCUCUCCUCGUUAGCCUGGCAUUGGCCGGCGACCUGAACGUUAAGCGAGACAUGUCUGUUGCCGCGACCAAAGGAUACAAGGAUGGCCAGUUUGUCUGGACUUCAAUUGUCGACCUUGAGAAGAAGGAGAAAGUGUUGCCCGAAGAGAUGGUCAAGAUUGCGCACGAAGCGAGCAAGGAGAUGCAAGCGGACUUUGGUUCGGUCCCGGAGGCCAAGCAGCCCUCGAUCAUGACGGCCAUGGAAAUCGACAACCGAAUCUACCUGGCCUCGUCAAUGAAGGGCGACUACUCCUUCAUCUACGACUUCAAGACGAAGGAUAAGGGCGGCAAAUCAACAGGUAGCGGCGAGGACCGGAACAAUGUUCAGCACAAAAAUGAUGCUUCGUGUGGGGAGCUGAUGGCCAGCUACACCUACCUGUUGAAGAACAGCGGGCAGAGCCUGAAGAACAAGAAGCCGAAGCAGACAAUUGCAUGGCUUUACACCAAAACCAAAGAUGGCAAGAUUGUGGAGCAAGCUCAUAAUCCUUGCGGCACUAAAGAAAAUGCCUGGGGAUGCGAUCUCUUCUGCCACCACAUGGACUUCACCCCCAUUAAUGUCGACACUGAGGAAGCCUGUGACCUGCCCAAGAUCGCCAAUACCGAGCAGCAGCAGCUCAUGACCAAGGAAUUGAGAGCACAACUCGGUGCGAUGAACAAGGAAACGGAUGAGGCGAACAAGGAGAAGCAGAAGGAAAAGAACAAGAAGAAGCAGGGUGACGAGGGGAAGAACAAGGGCCAGAAGAAGGAGGAGGACGACAAGAAGGGCAAGGGAGGAAAGAAGGCUCGCUUUUGGUCGGUAUAG